AUGAAAUUUGGCAGAAAAGGGAAGCUUAGUCCGAGAUACAUCGGACCUUAUCAGAUUACCCGUAAAGUAGGCAAGGUUGCCUAUGAGUUGGACUUACUAGCUAAUUUAGAAGCAGUAUAUCUGGUAUUCCACGUGUCUAUUCUUCGUAAAUUUAUUGGCGACCCUUCUAGAGUAUUUCCCGCGCAGGAUAAUCAGGUGACUGAAGAACUGUCCUACGAGGAACAAUCGGUGGCUAUGUUAGAUCAUCAGGUAAGGAGAUUACGCACCAAAGAUGUGCCCUCCAUUAAAAUAUUAUGGCGCAACAAUCACCGAGAAGAAAUGACUUGGGAGGCUGAGGGAAAAAUGAAGAAGAAGUAUCCUCAGUUGUUUUCUGCACCCACAGGUAACCUAAGUUUAUUAUUUACCUAUAUUGGUUAG